UCUUAUAGAACACAGACAAAUCAAGAGAGAAAUUUGGAAAGUGCUGUCGGAAAAUAUAAGUAAAAAAUCGGCAAUCACGAUUGCGAGGGUGUUCUUGAAAAACAAAUUCCGCUUUGAAACGUCAUACAAAUCAAGCGAAGAUUUCGAGCGUGAUGGAACAAGGAGCAAGCUUCACAUCUUCGACAGAUCAUUUUAUAAACAUAAUGGAAUCGGUGCGAAUUCUCGCAUCAACCGAGAGACCGUACGCUUGCAAUGUAUGUAAAAUUCAGUUCGCCGAAAUACCAAAAUACGUCGAACACACGAAAGUCCACUCCGACAGACCUUACAGAUGCGAUAGAUGCAGAAAAACCUAUCAAUCCUUGGUAGCGUUUCGGGAACACAUUAAUAAAGAUCACAAACAGGUGCUUCGAUAUACCUGUCGUCAUUGUUCUAAAAACUAUACACGGUACGCCAAUUACUACACACAUUUAAGAGAACAUGAGUGCUUCGAGUGCGACGUUUGUUUUAAGCAAUUCUCUGAGUAUCGUGUUUUAUUUGAACAUUAUGUAAUAAAUCAUGUCGAAAAAGUGGAUGAAAAAAAAAUGGAAGAAGCCAGAAAAUACCUUUGCUGUCUACAAAAUCAGGAUUGUCCGGAACAUCCCAAGUAAAAAUUUGCAAAUUUGCAAAAUAAUAACCGAAAAUUAAAUGAUAAUAUACAAUAGUGCGAAACUAUAUGAUAAUCGAUAUAAGUAAAGCGCUGAAGAAUUUCGUAUAAGAUAAAUUUCUCAUUUUGUUAAUUUUAAUUAUUUCUUCCUCUUGACGAACAUAAAUUUAAAUUGCGAUAUAACACAAUUACAAUGUAGUUGUCAUAAAAAAAUUGUUUAACGAACAGAAAUGUGAGAAUAACUGUCAUAGAAACAAAAAUGUAUUUCGGAAUAUUAUUAUAUAUUUCAACAAUAAUUAGAUA